AUGGGUGCGUUUAGGGUUUCGAGCUCUGCUUGUGCUUCCGUUAACAUCCUGACUGCUCCGCGUCAUCCUCGUUUAGCAGCCAAAUCUCCCUCCCUUUCCGCCCGCCUUCCCCUCCGCCACCCUCUCGUCCUCUCCUUCCUCCUCCUCCUCCUCUUCCGCUUCCCCCCCGCGCGCGCGCAAGUCCUCCCCUCAACCUUCCGCGUGCUCUCCUUCGUCGACACCUUCUGCGCCUCCCCGCUCGUUCCGCCCGACCGCCGCGAGGAUGACCCCGUUAUGGGGCCGCUUCCGGGGGGCACGGGCGCGGGGGCCACGGGCGCGGGGGGGACCGGCGCGGGGGGAACUGGCGCGGGAGGUGCGGAGAACACUGGAGCAGGGGGAGUUGGACCGAACUGCACCGUGUCGGUCUCCACAGGGCUGUUACCGUCACGUGCUGAUGCGAACAACAGCGACAGUUACAACAGCUCGCAGUGGCGACUCACAUACGUUCUCGCAGUGGGUGUGGUCCCUACCGAUUUCGACUGGCCCGACCAGACUGUACAGUCUAUACGCGUUAACGGCCGUGAAAUGCUCACAGCAGGGCCGUGCAGGCCCGUGGGUCGGUGCGGGGGCACCCGCCCGUUCGCGUGUUACAUGGGCGACGUGUCGUGGGCUCUGCCUGCCGCCAGUCGCAACCCAGCAAGCAAUAACAGCAGCACUGCUGGUAACCCUAUCGUCAACGCAACCCCGACCGUUACAGUAACAGCGUCCGCGGAGGUAGCACAGCCGUGCCGCCUCUGCGGGGGCUUCCAGCAGUUACCCUGUCAGGUGUUACAGGCAGCGGUUCGCCUCACGGCCGUGCUCGUCCCAGACGCGCUGAAGCAGCCGCAGCCAGGUCAGCCGCUACAGGAGCAGCCUCCCUCUGGCGCCGCCACAGCUGUUGGCUCGGCCACGGCAUUUGAUUCGUCUACAACUGUAGGCUCGGCUACAGCCACAGGUUCGGGUGCAGCCGCAGGUUCGGGUGCAGCCGCAGCUUCGGGUGCAGGGGCAGGAAUGGGAGAGGCGAGUGGAGCAGCUGCGAUACCAAGAGCCAGCAGCAGCAGCAGCGAUGCUGGUGGUAGCGUUGGCAGUGGUGCUGGUGACAGUGUUGGGGGCGGAGGUGGUACGGCGCUUGUUGCACUGCAAGCGCGUUUGUCCGCGUCACCCGCGUCGUCUGUAGCAUCUGUCGCGCCUCCAGCCUCUGUAGCGUCCGCGCCCGCAGUUGCAGUGUCGUUUGUGCGGGGGCCAGGGGGGGUGUCGAAGGUGGGGCGCGCGCGGUUCUCGUGGCAGGUGCUGGAGACGAGAGACGCGCUCUCACCUGCGCGCUGUGACGCCUCCACCUUCCUCUGCAAGGUGCGUCCUCCCAUGCUCUCACCCCAGCUCUUCCCCAUCCUCUCUUCCCUCACUUGCCCAUGCCUCCCCGCCUCCUCCUGUUCCCACCAGUCCUCAUUCGCUUCAUCGUUGUGCAACGUCCAAGGGUUCAAUGCGCCUCUGCAGGCGUCCUCCCCUACACGCCCCUCAUCACAUGCUUCUUUCCCCCUCUUACCUCCCUCUCUCACCUCCCCCUCUCACCUCCCCGUCUCACCUCCCCUUCUUACCUCCCUCCCUCACCUCCCUCUCUCACCCCAUUCUCCUGUCUCCCUCUCCCACCUCUUCUCUCACCUCACCCACCCACCUCACUUCCACCCUCCUCAUCUCCUCUCACCCCGCCAUCCCCUUCCCUCCCCGACCCCCCCACACUUCCCCUGUCCGCGGGGGUGGUUCACAGCGUGCGGCCUCUCGGACGGGCGGCACCUCUUCACAGUCACGGCGCUCAAGGGCGCUUCAGGGGUCACUGGCACCCGCCUGCCUGCACAUGUGGAAAACACUCAACCCCUUUAUCCCGCAGGCCCGACCCCCUUGGCUGGCCCCACAACCGGACUCGCUUCCCAGCUUCCCCGGCCCUCGCGGGUGCUUCACAGUGGGCAGCCUCAUACAGUCACAGCGCUCAAGGGCGCCCCAGGGCUAGACGCGCUUCCCAGCUUCCCGUGCCCGCGGGGGUGGUUCACAGCGCGCGGGCUGACGGACGGGCGGCACCGCUUCACAGUGAUGGCGCUCAAGGGCGCCCCCGGGGUCACUGGCAGCCGCCUGCAGGCCGCUGCUGCUGCUGUUGGCAUGGACGGCGCAGAGGGGGGAGGCGGGGUGGGGGGAGGGAGAGGAGGGGGAGGGGCGCAGGUGGAGGCUCAGGCGCAGGCCACAUAUGAAUGGGUCGUUGACGCAGCCAGUCCAGUGCCAACGCUGACAGUGGACCCGCCACAAGCAAGGGAGGGCGCGGUGCAGAUCAGCAUAGCCUUCGACAAGCCGUGCCCGGGCCUGCAGUGCAACUCCACUGCCUGCGAUGUGGAGGCAUCACCGCAGGGCAUAGUGAGCAUGGACCCCUCGUUGUUCCUGGCAUCAGAUGACGGGAGCCGAUACUCCGUCACUGCCACCCUGCCACCCGCCACCACCAGUAGUAGUAGCAGCAAUACCGGAGGCAGUGCUAACGACUCUACCGACAGCAGCAAUUCUACCAGCAAUGGCGACAGCAGCAGCAGCAGUAGCAGUGCGAGUGGCGCUGCUGUGACUGUGGCUUUAAGACCGGGCAGCUGUGCUGACUCUAGUGGGAGGGCAUGGAGGGCAGGGUUUGACUCGUAUGCUGUUAUUAGGAUAGACCGCGCCCCUCUGGAAGCCACUCUCUCGUGCGACACGCCCUUCGCGGUGGUGAAGUUCUUCACGCAGCUCAGAGCCACGCCACGGGUCAGCCAGUCGCCCGUGACGUGCCGGGUGCUCUUCUCCAAGCCCGUCUCUUCCCUCUCCUCCGCAUCCCUCGCUGUCGUCAACGCCACCACCAGCGACCCCCAGCCUGUCACUGACCUUGAGUACCAAUUCCAGGUGUGGCCGACGGGCGAGGGGUCAGUGGUGGUGGACAUACGGCAUGACAACGUCACUGAUGCUGCCGGCAACACGUGCCACCCCACACAGCCCUUCUUCUUCUUCUUUGACACCACGGCACCGUCAGUGCAGCUGAGUGUGAGUGAGAGCAGCGCCACCACGGACUGGGUCUACCCCAUCCUCGUCGCCUUCUCAGAGCCCGUGCUGGGCUUUAACACCUCCUCCAUCCAGCUCUCCAAUGGAGUCAUUACAUGCUGGACAGGGGUUGACAGGGGUUUGGGGCGGUACUACGAGGUGACGGUGGCGGCAGUGAGCGAUGGCGAUGUGACAAUAGUGGUGCCGGCAGCAACUGUGGUGGACAUUGCAGGCAACCCCAACUCGCCCUCCAACACCCUCUCCCUCGCUCACUACGCGCCAGGAGAUGCGGGCACGAUAACAGCGUGGGUGGUGACGGCAGUGGUGGGGUGGACGGCGCUGUCCACAGCAGCGGUGUCGCUGGCGGUGACCAUCAAGGAGUCCGACCCCACGUCCUCGCCGGGCAUCCGCAUCGUCUCCAACCGCCCCUUCCGUGCCGUCAGCACGCCCGUCGUGGGCGCGGAUCCCUCUCGAAACGUUCUCCGCAUGGCUCUGCACCUGCAAGUGUUCGCCUUGACGCAGCACCUGGCAGUGCGCGUGCUGCCGCUGUUCUACCGCCAGCUCACAGGCGGGCUGCGCUGGACCUACUUCUACAUCCCUGCGCCCUUCAAGGGCUCCUUUGAUGGCUGGAAGGGCGUCUACUCCUCUCCCUCUGACGCCCCCGGCCAGGACAGCAGCACCCCCCCGCCCUCCUGUGCUCCGCACUACCUCGCCACCAAGGCAGACAGCUCUGCCUCCGCCUCCUCCUCCAACCCCUCUGCCUCGCCACAAUCCAAGCUCUCUUUCUGGUCUAAGUUCUUCUCCCCACCACCAGCAGCAGUGGGCAACACAGCAGCUGACAGCACAGCAACACACGCCUCCCUCAACCCGCGCAACCUCCGCCGUGUUCUCUCCUCCUCCUUCCACUUCCUCCUCUCCUCUCUCUCCUCUCUCUCCUCUCCCCCGUCCUCACAUUCCCACCGUGUACCCUACUCUCACACAAUCCACUCCCCUCGCUCUCUCCCCGACCGCUUCAAUACUGCCGACUCCUUGCCGCCCCAUGCCCAUGCCCAUGCCCAUGCGCAUGCCCACGCGCAUGUGCAAGCACGGCAACUAACCAAGUCACAUGUGCACAUGCAGCAUGCCAUGUCGCAUCCAAGCCUGACGCACGGUCGCAGUUUGGGGUCGUCUCGAGCCCUCCCCUUCCACCCCAUCCCCUUCUCGCCCCCACCCACCUUCCACCUACGAGGCCUGCCCUUGACCGCCCCCUCUCUCCCCUCCUCCUUCCCCUCCUCCCUUCACUCCGCCUUCCCAUAUACUCUCCUCCCAUCGUCCCUAUCGUCUCGUGCGCCCUCCCACUAUCAUCGCAUGCUUCAAGAAACUACCGCCAGCACCACCAGCAACAGCAGCGCAAGCGGUUACAGUGGCUUCAAUGCGACUGCUCUUAUAGCCCUGGCAGUUGCAGGGGGUGGGACAGGGGGAGACGCAGCAGCAGCAAUAGCAGCAGCGAGGGGGUUCGACCCCACGUUGCUGCCGCGGCUGAGCGAGGAGGAGUAUGAGUACAUGCAGGCGUGGGGCGAUGCUUACUACUCGCACUUCCCCAACCUCUUCUACUCCUACCAUGGCUUUGAGCAGUUCUGCACGGUGCUGUUCUGGUUUGCGCUCUUCUUCUUCGCCCUCUCGCUGCUGCAGCUGCUCUUCCAGUGGGCGUGGCAGCACUGGCGCUACCAGUGGCUGUACGGCCUGCUCGACCCGCCGCGCCUGCAGUUCCUCCUGCUCGCGCUCUCCCUGGCGGGCAUCUCCUGGGGCUGCACGCUGCUCAUCAGGGGCAGCAUGGAGCCGGGCGGCACAGCAGCAGGGCUGGCAACGGGGGUGAUCGUGCUGUGCCUCUGGCCCGUGCUGUUUCUCAUCUUCUCCUUCUCAGUCGUCUGGUACAUCGUUGUUCAGGAGCAAUUCGCGCGCUUCUUCGUGCGCGAGAUGACGGAGCCGCGCAACGAGGCGUGCAUCGCGUCCUUCGCGCGCGCCUUCUGGGCCGCGCUGCGCCAGAAGCGACUCAAAGGCCACUGGGUCACCAUCACGCCCUCCCAGAAGCACAUCCUUCCGAGAUUCGGAAUAUUCUUUGAAGACUUCACAGUGUGGGGAUCUGUGGGCGCCUGGGGGGUGCUCAAAGACCGGCUGAGGGCUGCCUAUGGCACUCUGGACUUUCUUAAAAUGGUGCUGGUGGGAGCGCUGGUGGGAGCAUGGAGCCCGGCAGGCAAUGCUGUGGCGCAGCAGGCAUGCCUGCUCACCCUCGCACUGCUGCACCUGCUCUUCCUGCUCUUCCUUCAGCCGUUCACGGAGAGAGGCCUACAGGUGGUGGAGGCGGUGAGCUCGGGCGCGGAGGUGGUGCUGUUUGCAUGUGCGCUGGCCAUGGCCAUCGACUGGGACAUGCCUUCCAGCUUCGCUGGCACUCUCGGGCUCGUCAUGGCGCUCGCGGUCGGCCUCGCCUUCAUCGGCCAGCUCUUCAACCACUGGGUGGCACUAGGGCAACAAAUCAACCGCAUGCUCAACCCACCUGACGACGAGAGAAGCCCGUCUCACCGAUCGGACGGGGACGAUUUCUCGGAUAACGACGACGAUGACCUGGACGACGACGACGAUGACGAGGAUUUCGAUGACGAGGACGACGGGAACGGUGACGAGGACGAGGAUGAUGAUGACGACGAUGAUUACGAUGAUGAGGAGGAUGAUGACGAGGGGGAUACAAGCAUGGAUGAAGCGGAAAGAAUACGGCAGCAGCAACAACAGCAACAGCAGCAGUAG